CUUUCCUUGAGGCUUGCCUCGGCUUGGGUCUUUGACUCUUACUUUUGAAUAUGAAAUCCAGCGUUAAAAAAAAAAAAAAGUAAUGUUUACUCCAAAGAAUAAGGAAUGAAAAGGUUGGUAAAGUGAAUAAUAUGUUAAUUUGCUUAGACGGUGAGCAAAAAGAAUAUUUGUGUUCUGAUAGUAUUGGUAACGACAAAGAAGAAAUAAGAAAUCAGCAUAUUCUGUAUCCCAUAUAUUUAAAUACGUUAAAUUUUUCAGGGAUUCCAAAUCACGAACUUGAUCUCAAAAUAGAUAUUCCAGUCAUGUUAUUAAAGCAUUUAAAUCAAUGAAAGAAUUUUGCAAUGUAAUACUAAUAACCAGCCUAGACAACAUGGUUACAGAAGCAUAAAUCCUAACUAAGAUCAAUAAUCAACAUAUUCUUAUUCCCAAAAUAAGUCUCACACUAAUAGAUGCAAGAUGGUCUCUCAUGGACAAUUGUAUGCUUCACUAUCAAAGAGUCACUAUAACUGCAUGACUCAAUAUUCUUCAAGUAGACACAAAACAUAUCAAUAGUGUUCUACAAAAUAUUAUAUAUCAAAAAAUUUUCAAUAAUAUAUGAUUUUUUUUUGUCAUCAGCAUAAACAGAUUCAUACAGACUCUGUGAACCAAACUGGGAGAUUUCGAUCCAUGUGAACGACGAAAGACGGUUGCUUCCUGACACUACGUGCUAGGCUAUCCGUCUUUGUAUUUUGCGUUCUUGGCACAUGGACAAUCUCUGAUCGGGAAAAACUUUCUUUCAGGACUUUAACAUCACCUAAAUAACUUACAAAAGCUGGACAUUCUUCUAAUUCCGAAACCAUCUUCACUAAUUGAGAACUAUCCGUUGCAAAUGUAACAUGAAAUUGACGUAAGUUCCUCAUACAUUCCAUUGCGCAAAGUAAUGCUUCCAUCUCCACAUGUAGAGGAGAUAGACUAGCCCGAACAUUCUUUGCCCCCAUCAACCCCUCAAAACCUUCUUAAGUACUAAACCACCCCUGGCCGGAAAAACCACUAUCCUCUUUCCAGGAACCAUCAGUGAAGCACCAUCUUCCUUGGAUUAACGGUAAUGCUGAACCCUCUGCAUGUGGCCCUGAUCUAUGUUCCUUCACUAUCUGCGCUUCAGCCCAUAGUGUGGACUCUGUUUCUGCCAGUUUAAUCGUAUCCCUACGAUCCAUAUCAAGAUUACUAAAUUUUUUAUUAUUCCUUCAUUUCCAGAUUUACCAUAGAAUCCAUGCAAACUGAUGAUCAUCUAGCUGCGGAGAAACUCUCCAGAAAAGAUGAUCCAUAUUUGUAAAAAGAGAUCAUGUUGGAAAGAUAGCGGGAUUUGAUGGUAUCUUGGAUAGCGCCCAAACCUGUAGUGCUGGAGGAUAUUCAAAAAAUACAUGGUUAAUAUUGAUUCCUCAUCAGCGCCGCAUCGUGCACAACAUAUAUCACACCAGUUAUCCCUUGCGCUUGCAGAUAACCAGUUAUCCCUCGCGCUUUCAAUAAUAUAUGAUAUAUAGAAAGAUGUUAUAGUGUACACUAUUGAUGCUAAGGUAGAGUAGCAUGAAACAAAUUUGAUGUUUACCAAGCAAUAUAUUUUAUAUUUAGCUGAAUAUCUAUCAUACAUAUUUAUUAGUGUCGUAAAAUAUCAAUUUUGAUUUUUUUUUUGAAUUUUCUUACACAAUAUAAAUAAUAUAGAUAGUUUACACCAAUUCUAUAUGUUUCAAUUAACUACAAUAUUAAAAAUAAUUUAAAGUGAAUUUUACAGAAAAAAUAAUAUACUAUUUUAAAACACCAUGAAUAUUCAAGUAGAAAACUAAUCAAAAUUUAUGUAGGAAAAUUGAUUAUUAUACUAAAAUAAGUCUUACACCAAUAUAUACUGAAAAAUUCAAGAACUAAUGCGAAAAAUAUUUUUAUUCUUUUUAUGUUUUUCGUAAAGUUCAAACAUCAAAUAAAACCCGUGCGAAACAUGGGUCCAUAUCUAGUUUAAUAUAAAGAUUUGUGAAAAUAAUUCUAUCAAAUCCUAAAAUUGAGAAUAUUAGACAGGUGGUCAUGUUUGAGAAUAUUAGACGUAGAAUCUUAUCCACAAUUUGAUAUAUAUGUGUCGAAAUUGACUACUCAGACCUGUUAGAAAUAGAUAAAUGGGUUCAAUUUAUUGAACACAAACUACAAGAAUAAUGAACUGGUCUUGGUAAAACUUCACUGAUUAUAAUUAUAUUUUAUAUUGGGUAUUUCAGCUGAAUAUCUAUCAAUCUAUACAACCAUGUCAGUAAUUAGGUUACGGACUCACUGAUUAUAAUCAUGAGUUUAAAAUAGUAUUUAUCUAACUCUCGGACAUGAUUAACUCCGGUCUCUUAGUCGGGGUUUUUAACUCAUGAUUUGACACUUUUUAUUACAUUUUUCAGCUAAAAACAAUUCUUAUAUCUCUUAUUUAAAAACGGUUCUUAGUUUUUUUUAGUUAAAAUUUUAAAAAAAGUUAAGAACCUCAUCUUACCGGAAGCUAAGAACUCCAGAGACCGGAGUUAACUAUGGUCUGACUGAUCUUAGUUACUACUACGGUACUACCACCUUGAGAUUUUUAGGUCACAUCACAGUAGUGGACCUUAAAUGGUGUCGCAACAUGGAAACUACUAGCGGGGACCAAAAAUAACGAAAGAAUAUUGACUAAGUUAGUAAAGCAACCAUUUGAAUCUUCCCACAUUGAUUCCAACUUUCACGAGGGUUUUUGGCAGGUGAAGUGGUGAACUCUUCCCAAAACAAUAUUGAAUGGCUUUUUAUAUAUUUGGUAAACCAAUAGGCUACUUACAUCACUGUACACGCUACAAAACUAAUGGCACACAUCAGUUUUAUUGAAGAGGGGGAAAAACUAAAAAGUUGGGUUCAGCUUAGAAAAAUAUAUGUAACACUGUUUCUCAAAGAAAAAAAAUAUAUGUAAAACAACCUUGGUCGGUUUUUAUUUGUGAAUUAACACGAUUAGUCAAUAUAAAUAUAUGGACCAGAUUAUUUAGCUUAUCGAUUUGUAUUAGUGUCAUCAUAACUAUAUCAGGUUAUCACCAUUCAAUUUUCAAAUUCGCGUAUGUGUGUUCAUUAAUAAACGAAUGAACCAUAAGCUUCUAGGAUCUAACUAUUAUUAUAAGUUCGAUAACUUAUGUCACAGUUUGUUUCUGUUUAGGAGUUACAUAUAUAACUCCAGCUCCUCAAAUAAUAUCACAGAGGAAUAAUAUAUAACUUUAAGACUCACCUUGUUGUUCGACUGGUUUUUAGUUGCACAUAUAACACGAGGAAGUUUGGCAGGUCACCAAUAAAAACAGUUAGAGUAUUUAAAUUCCCAUCCAAAACUUUAUAAUUAAACAAACAUUUUCUGAUAAAAUAUAGACAUUUGGAACUGUUAGAAUCGUAAUAAUUUUCAAAAAAUGGUGGUAGUACUCAAGAUGGACCCGACUUACACCGCCCACCAUUUUCCUCACCCCUUCCUAUUUUCCAACACAUACAGGGUAUAAUGGUCAUUCAUAGAAACCAAAAUCAUAUAAAUAGGAAGGUGCGGCCCUAAUCCAUGCAGAGAGAACAAGAAACACAACAAGCUUUUAUUCUUCUUCUUUUCUCUCUCUUUAUCCUCUGCCCAGAAACAUGAACACUCUUACCUCAAACUCUUCGGAUCUUACUUCCACUACUAGGCAAACAUGGUCGUUCAGCAACAUGUAUCUCCUCACGACUCUUCAAGCCUUUGUGGCUAUAACCUUAGUGAUGCUUCUCAAGAAAAUGAUCACUAAUCCUAAUAAAAAGAAAUUGUAUCUCCCACCUGGACCUAUCGGAUGGCCCAUCAUCGGAAUGAUUCCAGCAAUGCUAAAGAGCCGUCCAGUUUUCCGGUGGCUCCACAGCAUCAUGAAGCAGCUAAACACUGAGAUAGCAUGCGUGAGGUUAGGAAACACUAACGUAAUCACCGUCACAUGCCCUAAGAUAGCACGUGAGGUACUCAAGCAACAAGACGCUCUCUUCGCCUCAAGACCUAUGACUUACGCGCAAAACGUCCUCUCUAACGGAUACAAAACUUGCGUGAUCACUCCGUUCGGGGAACAAUUCAAGAAAAUGAGGAAAGUCGUGAUGACGGAACUCGUUUGUCCGGCGAGACACAGAUGGCUUCAUCAGAAGAGGGCGGAAGAAAACGACCAUUUAACCGCAUGGGUAUACAACAUGGUUAAGAACUCGGGCUCAGUCGAUUUCCGGUUUGUGACAAGGCAUUACUGCGGAAAUGCUAUCAAAAAACUUAUGUUCGGGACAAGAACGUUCUCUGAAAACACUGCAGCGGACGGUGGACCAACCGCCGAGGAUUCCGAUCAUAUGGAUGCUAUGUUUGAAGCAUUAGGGUUUACGUUUGCUUUUUGUAUAUCUGAUUAUCUACCUAUGCUCACGGGACUUGAUCUUAACGGCCACGAGAAGAUUAUGAGAGAUUCAAGUGCUAUUAUGGACAAGUAUCACGAUCCUAUCAUUGAUGGAAGGAUCAAAAUGUGGAAAGAAGGAAAGAGAACUCAAAUCGAGGAUUUUCUAGAUAUUUUCAUUUCGAUCAAAGAUGAAGAAGGCAACCCAUUGCUUACCGCUGAUGAAAUCAAACCCACUAUUAAGGAACUUGUAAUGGCGGCGCCAGACAAUCCAUCAAACGCCGUAGAAUGGGCCAUGGCGGAGAUGGUAAACAAACCUGAGAUACUCCGAAAGGCAAUGGAAGAAAUAGACAGAGUGGUCGGAAAAGAAAGAAUUGUCCAAGAAUCCGACAUCCCAAAACUAAACAACGUCAAAGCUAUUCUCCGUGAAGCUUUCCGUCUCCAUCCUGUCGCCGCCUUUAACCUCCCACACGUGGCACUUUCCGACACAACCGUCGCCGGAUAUCACAUCCCUAAGGGAAGUCAAGUACUUCUCAGUCGAUAUGGGCUGGGCCGUAACCCAAAAGUUUGGACCGACCCACUUAGCUUUAAACCGGAGAGACAUCUCAAUGAAUGCUCAGAAGUUACUUUGACGGAGAACGAUCUCCGUUUUAUCUCGUUUAGCACCGGGAAAAGAGGUUGUGCUGCUCCGGCUUUAGGUACAGCGUUGACUACGAUGAUGCUCGCAAGACUUCUUCAAGGUUUCACUUGGAAGCUACCGGAGAAUGAAACACGUGUUGAGUUAAUGGAGUCUAGUCAUGAUAUGUUUUUGGCUAAACCGUUGGUUAUGGUAGGUGAGUUGAGAUUGCCGGAGCAUCUUUACCCGACGGUGAAGUAGAAACCACGGCGUAUAUAUUUUUAUAUAGCUUCAUGUAGUUAUAUAACCACUAAGUUUGGUCAAUAUCUCCGGUUACCAGAAGAUAAUCGGUUAAUUUGUGGACAAACUUUUGUUUGGUUUUGGUUCCUUUGGAGACAAUACUUGAAUUGUGUCUCCUUGCGUUUUUUUUUUCAAUAAAAUUUGUUCUUUCUAU